CAAGAAGUGCUUCCGGCCUCUUCCUUCCUCUUUUUCCUCUGCUUCGGGUCGCAACCAUGGUGAACGUCCCGAAGACCCGCAGGACUUACUGCAAGAAGUGCAAGAAGCACCAACCGCACAAAGUUACCCAAUACAAGAAGGGAAAGGAUUCCCUUUAUGCACAGGGUAAGAGGAGAUACGACAGAAAACAGAGCGGGUACGGAGGACAAACAAAACCAAUUUUCCGUAAAAAGGCCAAGACUACAAAGAAAAUUGUGUUGAGGCUCGAGUGCGUGGAACCCAACUGCAGGUCCAAGAGAAUGCUGGCCAUCAAGAGAUGCAAGCACUUCGAGUUGGGUGGUGACAAGAAGAGAAAGGGCCAGGUCAUCCAGUUCUAAGAUGUUCUCCACUCUUUUGGAUGAAGUUGUCACUAUUUUCAAUAAACAUGUGGAAACAUUA